CCAGUUCUGUUUCAUUUUGCAGGUAGUGGUCAAGGAAAUGUGGGGUGGAUCCUAGAAGGGGUGAGAGUGUGGAAGCCACUCAUGCCUGUCCCUGCUUUGUCCCCAUAGGUCAAACCUGCUUCAGCCAUGUCUGUAAGGAAGGAUGAAAUUCCCCAGCAGUCAUCAGCCCCACUGGAAGGGAGCCUCCAACAGAAGUUAUGUCUACCAGGAUUCUAUAUGGAAGAAGCCCGUGGAGGUUGUGCCCCGUGCACCGAUGGGACAGACUACACCAAUCAUUCAAACACCCUCCCUUCUUGCCUACCUUGCAUGACUUGCAAAUCAGGCGGAUUCUUAACCACUGGACCAGCCAGGAAGCCCUCCGAAUUACUUCUUGAAGAGAAGCAGAAAAAAAAUCGCUGUACCCCCACCAAGGACACUGAGUGUCAGUGCAAACCUGGCACUUUCCGUGGAGAAGAUGCACCUGAAUUCUGUCAAAAAUGCAGGCACCAGGUGAGACACAGGAGCCUGGGGGGCUUCCAACCCACAGGAGACCCCAGUUUCCUUGUAUCCAUUUCUCUCCCCUGCCCGUGAAGCCCCUCCCACCUCUCAGAGCUCCCUUGUGCCUGUGGGGUCACCACCGUUUGUCCUGCACGGCUUUCUCAGUGGCCCCUUCCCACAUCUCCUCGGGAAGGGCCUAGAAAGACGGAAGUGCUGACAGCAGACAGAAGUCAUGAUGAGGCCACGUGUGUGCUCCUUCAAGGUUCCUAUAAAACUGGACCCAACUUGACAGGCCUCACACCCAGCCCCUUGUUCUCCAGUAGCACCUGAAUCUUUCCUACUGGGGGACUCAGGGGCCAGUAGUAAUUCACUAUCCUCUGAUGCUCCAGUGUUGGCUGAGAUUGGUAGGAAGAGUCAACAGGUGGAUGAGAGGGCCUCAUAGUCAAGUUUG